AUGACUACUGUUCGUGAAAUCCCCAACGUCCAAGUCGACAUUCCUUCUGGCAAGAAGUACGAACAACCCGUUGGUUUGUUCAUUAACAACAAGCACGUCGACGCAGUCAAUGGCGGCCGUGUCAAGGUCUUCUCUCCUUCUACUGAGAAACUCAUCUGCGAAGUCGUCGAUGCCGACGAAGAGGACGUCGAUAUUGCUGUCAAGGCUGCUCGUGCUGCUUUCCAAAACGAUGCUCCCUGGCGCAGAUUCUCUAGUGCUGAACGUGGUCGCUGUUUGACCAAAUUGGCCGACUUUAUUGAGCAAAACUUGGAAUAUCUCGCUUCCAUUGAAACUCUCGACAACGGUAAGAGUAUCACUUUGGCUCGCGGCGAUGUCCAAGGUGCUGCUAACUGUUUCCGUUACUACGGUGGUUGGGCCGAUAAGGAUUAUGGUCAAACUAUUGAGACCGAUGUCACUCGUUUCGCUUAUACCCGCCAUGAACCCAUUGGUGUCUGCGGUCAAAUUAUCCCUUGGAACUUUCCCUUCCUCAUGUGCGCUUGGAAGAUCGGUCCUGCCGUCGCUUGUGGUAACACAGUCAUCUUGAAGACCGCUGAGUUGACUCCUUUGUCUGCUCUCGUCCUCACUCAAUUCAUCGAGCCCGCUGGUUUCCCUCCCGGUGUCGUCAACGUUCUUAGCGGUGAUGGCCGUCGUUGUGGUAAUGCCAUGGCUUGCCAUAUGGACAUUGACAAGAUUGCCUUUACUGGUUCCACUGGUGUCGGCCGUAUGGUUAUGCGUUCCGCCGCUGCUUCCAACUUGAAGAAGGUUACUCUUGAACUCGGUGGUAAGUCCCCUAACAUCGUUUUCGACGAUGCCGAUUUAGAGGAAGCUGCCGUUUGGGUUAACUUUGGUAUCUUUUACAACUCUGGUCAAGUUUGCUGUGCUGGUAGUCGUGUCUACGUCCAAGAAAACGUUUAUGACGAGUUUGUCAAACGCGUCGUUAACAAGGCCAAGUCUUUGAAGGUCGGUGAUCCUUUCGACGAGGAAACUUUCCAAGGUGCUCAAGUUUCCAAGCAACAAUACGAGCGUAUCAUCGGUUACAUCGAGAGUGGUAUUCAACACGGUGCUAAGCUUGAGGUUGGUGGUAAGCCCCAUGGUCACAUUGGUUACUUUGUUGAACCCACUGUUUUGUCUGGCGUUACCGAAGACAUGGCUGUCGGUAAGGAAGAAAUCUUUGGUCCUGUCUUGGCCAUCAUCAAGUUCAAGACUGUUGAAGAAGCUGUCCGUCGUGGUAACAACAGCACCUUCGGUUUGGCUGCUGGUGUUCACACCAACGACCUCCGCAACGCCGUUAAGGUCAGCAACCGCUUGGAAGCUGGUACUGUCUGGAUCAACUGCUAUAACCUUUUGCAUCACCAAAUUCCUUUCGGUGGUUACAAGGAGAGUGGUAUUGGCCGUGAGCUUGGUUCAUAUGGUUUGACCAACUACACUCAAACCAAGUCUGUCCAUAUCAACCUUGGCAUGGAUCUUCCCAUCUAA